AUGACAGUCGUCCCAUAUGUAACCGCUAUACUCUUGGUUAGUCUUUCUUCGAUAUUUGUAUUUGUCGAAGGCCGAACGCCAUCCACCGGCAUGGAAUCUACUUGCGCUGAAUUAAACCAGAAAAUCGAUAUUCUCUUUGAAUACCUUGCUGGGGGCUUUUCAGAAGAAAGAGCAGGAGGUCUUGAUGAGCCAAUGUAUGUGAGUCGUCGACGUUUCACUCGUCCAUUUGGCUAA